UCAUAAGACUCUCCAAAUACUUUGUUUUCCAUCUAUAUACAUAUAUAUUCCAUUCGUGUUGCCCUACCAUUUUAAGAGAUUCUGGUUGAGCACUGACGUGAGAGAUAAGACCCAAUCGAUGGUGGCGGCUCAACCAACUUGGAAACUUUGAAGCUUGAUGUAUAAUGCGAAAAAUAAUAAUAUCAAUCACAGGAAGGAAAUAGGGUCUAAAAUAAUCCUUCGAAUUUUGGAAUUAUUUUUGUUUUCUAGAACUAGAUAAUUGUUUAUAAAAUAAUAUAAAUUAUGCCAUAAUUUGAUAUUUUCUAUAUAGACUCAGGGCAGAGAUUUAAUUGGCCGUGUUAUUGUUUUACGAAUAACAGGACAACUUCAUUCCUAUUAAUCCCCUAACCCUUAUACGGUUAGCUUCUUGUUACGGUCAGGGUUAGCGUUGUAUUCCAGCAGCGAGCCUGUUUCAACCUUAUCCUGGAAAACCUUAUCCUCCAAAUUGCAGAAACCGCUAUUCCGCCUUUUCCAGGAUCCACAACAGGGAUGAAAGAUUAAGGGUUGGGUUUUGUAGGAGUGAAAUCACUCUGAGCAAGCUUAUACGGACAGAUGGGUGUCCGAGCCCGAAACGGUAAUGAUCGCUUCAGGACAAUUUGGACACCAGAAAUGGAUCGGUAUUUUAUUGACCUCAUGUUAGAGCAAGUCAACAAGGGGAAUAGGAUAGAUGAUCAUUUAUUCAGCAAACGAGCAUGGAAGCAAAUGACAGCAUUGUUCAAUGCAAAAUUCAAUUUUCAAUAUGAGAAAGAUGUCCUGAAAAAUCGUCACAAAACACUGAGGAACCUUUACAAGGCUAUAAAGAAUCUCCUUUGUCAGAGGGGCUUUAGCUGGGAUGAACAGCGACAAAUGGUGACUGCUGAUAAUAAUGUCUGGGAUGAAUAUAUCAAGGGACACCCAGAUGCAAGGUCAUAUAGAAUAAAAACUAUCCCAUAUUACAAUGACUUGUGUUUUAUAUAUAGAAAUGCAACCCCUGAGCAAAAGGGUAAUCAUUUUGGCCAUGAUGGCAACCUUGACAAUAGCAUAUCAGGAUCAAAGAUGAGUGGAAUAUCCCCUGUUACGUCUGUUGAUGAUGGGGAACCAACUGACAUUAUUCACGAGUCAUCACAUUCAGGUGGGAACAAGAUAGUAACUGCCACUCAGCCAAUGAGCCUGGGUGAGGUGGCUGUGGAGGCUCUCCAUGACAUCAUGAUCAAUGAAGAGUAUGACAUCUCUUUGUCAAAAGAAACUGUGGAUGAAAAACCUCAAGCUCCACCAGGUGAAACAGGCCCCAGCAUGAGUCAUCGUACAAGGACUUAUUGGCAACCACCCAUGGACCGUUAUUUCAUUGACCUCAUGCUAGAUCAAGUGCAGAAAGGGAACCAGGUUGAUGGUGUAUUCCGAAAACAAGCAUGGAUGGAGAUGAUUGCGUCGUUUAAUGCUAAAUUUGGCUUUAAGUAUGAUAUGGAUGUUUUGAAAAACCGAUUCAAAACUCUGAGAAGGCAAUAUAAUGUCAUUCGGAGCCUCCUUGACUUGAAUGGGUUUAUCUGGGAUGACACACGACAAAUGGUGACUGCUGAUGAUUGCGUCUGGCAGGAUUAUAUCAAGACACAUACUAACGCACGCCAGUACAUGACCCGGCCUGUGCCAUACUACCAAGAUUUGUGCGUGAUAUGCAGAGAACUUAGCAUUGAUGGAAGAGACACCGAUUUGGGUUACGACGAACCAGAUGACAUUCCAGAAGUCAAGUUUCAAGGAGUUUUGAAGAUUUCAGAGUCUCCAGCUGCAUCAUUUUCCAGUGAAGAGCAGCUGGGUGAGUUGAAGGAGUCAUCACAUUCUGGGUUAAGAAGGAACAAGCGACAAUUAGAAAAUCCAUCGAAUUCUGCAACCCCAAAAAGAAUUCGAAAAAAAGAUGGGAACAUGGCUAGCGCUCUUAGGGAGAUGGUGACUGCAGUUUCUUCUAUAUCAGAAAAGAACAAGGAUGACGAGAACUCAGGUUCCAUCUCAAUAGAGAGUGUGAUUGAAGCAGUCCAAGCCUUACCAGACAUGGAUGAGGAACUUGUUUUGGAUGCCUGUGAUUUCUUGGAAGAUGAAAAGAAGGCAAAAACAUUUCUGGCUUUGGACGUGAAACUGAGAAAGAAGUGGUUGAUAAGGAAGCUCCGUCCACAGCAGUUAUAGGGUGACAUUACAUUCUUUCAUGUACAUUGGGCAUUCUGCAUUCGAAUAGGCUUUCUACUGCUUUUCUUAUUGACCACACUGUGUAUGGACUUAAAACUGAUUUAAUAAUCAGGUUAACUCCAUACCACCUGUCCAUUAUCCUCUGUUUAUUGAACAUUUAUUUGAAAAGCAGGGUUAGAACUCAUAAAUGCGAUGUACAAUUCAUCAGCUUGGCUUUUAUAGUGGAAAUGUUUCUAUUUGAA